GGCGAGUUGUAUGGGGGAAAGGGUAGCAAGAGUUCUCCUGGCCUGGCGCUACCGGUUUGGCAGCUCGCGCGCUGGUGGGACUUGGCUUGAAUCGUUGUGGCGGCGGCAGCGCGCGCUGCACUUCGCCGUUCCAGUCGGUCCCGAGCGCAGAAACACAGCUACGUCGCGUGGUCUUCACAGUGCAUCCAUCGUCGUCACAUCCUUCAGCGUGUUGCAGUCCGCCACAACUUCCCACCUACAAAACGUUCCCAACGAAGACUUCCAAUCUUCAAGCCAUGGCUUUGAGAACGCGCGCACGAGGUAGUGCUGGAUGACAGAACGCGCGGAGUGCCUGCUGGCUGUGGGGUGGUGUGAGUGUGUCUCUACGGGGAAACAGGUGUGUGGCCGCUUCGGAUCAGGCGAUAACCCGAUGACUACGUGAAGGCUGAAUAGAAGAAGACGUGCGUGAUCCAGAUCGGGACCUCGGAUUUGCCCCGGUUGCUGGCGACCGUACUGUUUACUUAUAUUUUCUGUAUGUGUGCAACGUUGUGAGUGCGUGUUCUUGGAGAGCGCUCUAGUUUUUUUUUUUUUUUUUCGUACGGAGUGUUUCAAUUUCGUCCCCGAAGCAAGAAGGAAGUCAGGCCGUCGCACCACGCAUCAGCGCGAGAUCGGAGAGAAGGCGACAGUGUUUUCUGCGGGGGGGUGUUCUACGGAAGAAGAAGGGAAAGCGUGGCCGCUGAAUCUGUGUCAUCUCGUAUAGGAAGAAAAGCGUGUUGUUCGUCAACGUACGGAACGAGGCAAAGUCUUUCGUUGUUCGAACCACCGAUUUCACUUGCACUCUUUCAACGAAUCUGAUUGCCAUCGCCCACAAGAAAGCUGCCAGCUUGUCACCUGGAAGAUCAACCCGUUGAACCGAUUCCCGAUCGACGCGAAGACUGGCUAGUGAAGGUUACCGCGGCGAAGUGGAAAGGCGGGCAAUUUCCGACAUCGGUCCGGCGAUCAAGGUUUCUCCGUAAGCGCAGUUGGAGCGUAGAAAGAACAACGUGUGUCGCUAUACCUCUGGUCAUCGUCAACGAUCAUCCGUGCUGUGUUCUACGGUUAGCGCUCCGUUGUGUCUUUUCCGCAGCGUACAAGCCGAUGUCCCUUAGUCUCGAAGACCAGUCACAACGUCGUUCGCUUUACACCGUGACACCCAAGACCUCCGGGUUCCUUUAGCAUGAGGUGGCGGCUUGUCCGUGCAAGCCGGACCAAACUCUUUGAAAGUGACCGCCGCUGGACGCAGGUCGAACUUAACAACUUCGUCGACGUCGUUCUGCGACGAUGACUCGACGGCUGCCCGCAACCGCAACGAUGGCACGUCCGUCGAUGCCAGCGUUGCUCGGAUUACUGCUGCUAACGGCUUCGUUCGGCCAGGUGGUCGGAGUGAACCAGCUGACGCUACACCUGCCAAGCGAGUACACCAGUCUACCUGGGGGCGAGCUGAGGGUCGACUACUCGCCGCCUGUCGGCGACCCGGGCCCCAACUUCACGUUCCCGGCCACGGACUCCGUAGAGGGCGUUCCCAUCGACGGCGUGCUGCCGGGCACGGACUACAACUUCCAGCUCUACCUCAGCAACGGCACCGUUAACAACCACCGGCUGUGGACGAGCGUUAUAGAGACCGAGCCGGACCCGCCCACUAACCUUUCCAUCAAGAUUGACACGGGCAAGGUGGCACACGUCUACUGGCAACCACCGGCCGAAGGCAAGAUCACCGGAUACCGGCUCGCCAUCUCUCCGCUCUCGGACCAGGACGAGGCACCCGAGCGCAGCGUUCACUUGAACGACGAGAACCCCCCUUACACCCUCAGGGACCUCACCCCAGGAGGCACCUACCAGCUGCAACUGUUCAGCGUCUAUAAAUCCCGCGAGUCGCAGCAAUCGGCCUCUUCAAACUUCACCACAAAACCCAAUGCCCCUGGCCGUUUCAUAGUGUGGUUCCGAAAUGAAACUACACUCUUGGUGCUGUGGCAGCCGCCCUACCCCUCUGGCAUUUUCGAUCAGUAUUUGGUAAGCAUCACGCCAGAGGAUGCGUCUCAGUCCAUCCUCUACGUCGACAAAGAAGGUGAGCCACCCGGUCCGGCACAAGCCCCCUUCUAUGGUCUCGUGCCUGGUAGGGCAUACAACAUCUCGGUGCAGACCAUCAGCCAGACGCAGAUCAGCGCACCCACAGAGGCGCAGUACAGAACCGUUCCCCUCCCCCCAUCCAACGUGACCUUCAACAAGGAGAAGGUGACCUCCAGGUCGUUCGAAGUGUCCUGGUCCCCUCCCAAGUCGUUCUCCGAGUUCGACCGCUACCAGGUAGCCCUGAGCAUGCAGCACUCGCUCAGGCAGAUUGUGGGCAGAGAUGAGGAGCGCGUGGCCAACUUCGACCAAGACCUGGAACCCGGCCGCACCUACGAGGUCAUGGUCAAGACGGUCAGCGGUAAUGUGGCCAGCUGGCCUGUCAUGGGAAACGUCACCACUCAUCCUUUGCCUGUGGAGGAUUUGAAUGCAACCUACGGUGAUGCUGGUGAAAUCCUGGUGCGAUGGAAACCUAAUAAUGCAAGCCUUCAGGAUGCCUACAUGGUUCGUUACAAUGAACUGGAGUCCUUCAACAGCGACAGUCUGGAGACAGUGAAGAACAACUCAGUUCUGCUGAAGGGCCUUUUGCAAGGCCGCAACUACUCCAUCAGCGUUGUCGCCGUCAGCAAGGGUGUACCGAGCAAGCCAGUCUUCACGUACCAGUCGACACGUCCGGCGUCUCCUGUGAUCGAGGCGCUGGAGCCGGUUGGUCAGCACAUGAACGUUUCGUGGAAGUCUGACGUGACGAGCCGCCAGGACUCUUUUGCGGUCGUCUACGUGCGUAACGACACCGGCGAGCGGCGCCAGGAGGACACGCGCCAGAACUGGCUCCUGCUCAACAACCUGUACCCGGGCGCCAGCUACCAGAUCCGCGUGUACGCCGUCAGCCACGGCCUCUGGUCCGAGCCGCACUCGUACUACCAGACAGUCGCCCCUAGGCCUCCACAAAACCUGCAGAUAGCGAAGGCUAGCAACUCAACCGUAAUACUCACGUGGAAUGCCCCAGCGAACUCCUUGGUUGACCAUUAUGCUGUCCGGUAUCGUCCUAUUGAAUCUACGUACUGGAGGGAAUUCGGCGUUGUCAACUCAACGUCAGCUGAAAUCGACGACCUGAUUGCCGGGGAACGAUAUGUAGUCCGCGUGGCGACAGUCAGUAACAAGGUGGAAAGCACCGACGCUCAAGACGUGGAACAAACGCUGUAUCCGAACUCCAUCAAACACGUAACUCACUUCCUCGACUCCCAAAACAUCACCUUCGAGUGGACGGCACCUCCAGGACGUGUAGAUUACUACAUCAUCGUUUAUAACCCUCUCAAUGACCAGAAGAAGCAGAAAUCGCAGCAGGUUCCAGCUAACUCAACGCGUCCAGGAGACAACGUAAACGUCAUCAUCGAAAACCUGAAGCCCGGAGAGUUGUACUCCUUUCGCCUUUACGCCGUCAGCCAUGACGUCAGGAGUGAAGGUUUCGGCGUCCAGACGAGAACCAUGCCUGUCAUCGACUCUGUCAUCAACAUUGUCGCUGACGAACACGAGACUCAAACCCUGGGCAUCAAGUACACGCCGACUCCUCAGCGGCACGUGGUCUUUGACCGGUACCGGUUCCAGCUUAGCGAUACCGGUAUACCGGCGCAGGAGAAGCUGUCGAACGACACCAACCGGCUGGUGCUCUUCGACCAUCUCGUUCCCGGAAGACUCUACAACAUCAGCAUUUGGACCAUCAGCGGCGGAGUCUACAGCGUGCCCAUCUACCGACACACCAGGCUGUUCCCGGACCCGGUGAAGGAGAUCAAGGCGCUCACGGUGACGGACACGGCCAUCUCGCUGGUCUGGGAAAGCGCCACGGGCGAUCGCGACGGCUACGAGGUGCAGUACCUCGACCACCGAGGCGUCCUCGUGCAGAACUUUACGCUGGCCGAGCGCAUCUCGUACGAGCACCUGCGGCCGCACCACAACUACACGUUCGUGGUGGCCGUGAUGAGCGGAUACGACACGUCCACCGUGCGCCGCAGUCUGCCCGUGUCCCGCACCUUCCAGACCCUAGAGUCCGUGCCAGGGAAGGUCCAGAACUUCCAACCAUUCGAGCUGAAACCGAGCGAAAUCGUGCUGCAGUGGUCGCUUCCAUCCAGCGAGCAGAACGGCGUGCUGACGGGCUUCAAAAUCACUUACUACAUGAAGGGUUCCUUGACCUAUCGCCACAAACUCUUUGAACCGACUGAAACAAAAGGAGUCAUCUCUAACCUCAUACCUGGACGAACCUACGUGUUUGAGAUUCAAGCACACACGAAAAUUGGCCCUGGGGGAAAAGGAAGAUGGGAGGAGACUAUGCCUAUCUGGGCCCCACCAAAGCCAAGCGAUUCAGUCUUUCCGAAGUCGCUAACCCACACGGCAACAACCAUCCGGGUGAGCUUUCGCAAGAACUUCUUCGCCAACAGCCACGGUCCGAUUCACGCCUACACGCUCAUCGUGGCUGAAGACGUGUCGAAAGAUGCAACCAGUGCUAGUCUGCCAACGUGGUCUGAAGUGCAGAGCUUCCAUAGUUGGCCUCCGUACCAGGUGACAGAGCCGUACUACCCAUUCAAUGGCACCCUCACCGAGGAUUUCGUGAUUGGAUCCGAAGACUGCAAGGGAGACAAGGGCUACUGCAACGGGCCCCUGAAGCCUGGAUCGACAUACAGGGUCAAAGUUCGUGCCUACACCGCGCCGGACAAGUUCACGGACACUGUCUACUCGUACCCAAUCCAAACAGAUCCGGACAACACUCCCCUGAUUGUUGGCAUCCUCGUCCCCCUCUCAUUGUUGGUUAUCCUUGCCAUCCUACUGGUUGUCCUAAGGCGACGGCGACUAGGACCUUUCGCACCCCACUCCAGAGGCGACCCGCAUUCCAAGGACCACGACAUCGUGUCUAUAGCUGAGAGCGAAAUGGUGACCAGUCGUCCCGUGAAGCUGAAGGACUUCCUCGAGCACUACCGCAUCAUGUCGGCCGACUCGGACUUCCGCUUCUCCGAGGAGUUCGAGCUGCUCAAGCACGUCGGCCGAGACAAGCCGUGCGGUGCAGCCGACUUGCCCGUGAACCGGCCCAAGAACCGGUUCACCAACAUCCUACCGUACGACCACUCUCGCGUCAAGCUACUCCCUACCGAUGACGAGGACGGAUCGGACUACAUCAACGCCAACUACAUUCCAGGCUUCAACUCUCCCCGCGAGUUCAUCGUGACCCAGGGCCCUCUGCACAGCACUCGCGACGACAUGUGGCGCAUGGUGUGGGAGCAGAACUGUCGUGCCAUCGUCAUGCUGACGCGGUGCAUCGAGAAAGGGCGCGAGAAGUGCGACCACUACUGGCCUUUCGACACGCAGCCCGUAUACUACGGUGACAUACAGGUCACCAUCCUCAACGAGUCGCAGUACCCCGACUGGACCAUCUCGGAAUUCAAGGUUUCCCGGGGAGACCAAUCCCGAAUAGUCAGACACUUUCACUUCACAACGUGGCCGGACUUCGGAGUGCCCGACCCUCCGCAAACGCUGGUGAAAUUUGUCCGAGCAUUCAGGGAGCGGGUCAUCCCUGACACCAAGCCCAUCGUAGUCCACUGCAGUGCCGGUGUCGGUCGUUCCGGCACGUUUAUUGCGCUGGACCGAAUUCUACAAGGCCUGCGCAAGUACGACUCGGUGGACAUCUUCGGAAUUGUCUACGAAAUGCGUCGCGAGCGGGUCUGGAUGGUCCAGAAUGAGCAACAGUACAUCUGCAUCCAUCAGUGCCUGAUGUGCGUUCUUGAAGGAAAAGAAGACGUUUUAGACUCUCCACGACCCGAAGCGCAUGACAACCAAGGUUUUGAGGCCCGAAGCUAUUAGCCCGCCGCUCUGUAGCUCUGCAAAACACGAUGACGAAGGGAUAGCCGAAUCUGGAAUAUGACUUCCCUAAAGCGCCGCCCUCCUCACGAUUCCCACAAAGCGACUUGUUCGUGCGAUCUACGCAAGCCAAGACGACGUUGUUUCCUCAUAGACUUCACUCACUUCCUGGCCUAUAGACCCUUGGCUGCCAUAUUGCAGUCGACUCGGGAGCAAUAAUGACCACUCCCUCGUCCUUCCGUUAAUUAUUCCCGAAGAUGUGUUCGUUAGUUUGUAUCCAAGCCAAGGACAAACAAAAA